CUCACACAAAUGUGUUACACAGUCGAACUUGUUUUCGUUUUCGAGGUCUUGUAAUCUCUCUCCCCAGUAACAGAAUCAAGCGAAACCUAGAUUGUCUUUCCCCUGCAUCUCACGAUGGAAUUCUCUGCCGCCGACUUUGAAAGGCUUCUUAUGUUCGAGCAUGCUCGUAAAGCUUGUGAGACUCAGUACGAGAAAGAUCCUCUCGAUUCCGAGAAUUUGGUGAAGUGGGGUGGAGCAUUACUUGAACUUUCGCAGUUCCAGAAUGUUCCUGAUGCGAAGCAGAUGUUAAAUGAUGCUAUUUCCAAGUUGGAAGCGGCAUUGACAUUGAAUCCAAGGAAGCAUCAGGCUCUUUGGUGUAUUGGGAACGCCUACACUUCUCACGCAUUUCUGAUUCCAGAUGCCGAUGGAGCCAAAGGUCACUUUGAUAAAGCCACUGACUAUUUCCAAAGAGCGGAAAAUGAGGAUCCAGGUAAUGAGCUAUAUCGCAAGUCCUUGGAGGUUGCAGCGAAGGCCCCGGAACUGCAUGUGGAGAUAAAUAGGCAUGGAAUGGGACAGCAGGUACUAGGUGGUGGAGGAGGAGGUCCUUCAGCUUCAUCAAAUGCUAGCGGCGGUAAGAAGAAGAAGAAGAACUAUGACUUCACAUAUGAUGUAUGCGGUUGGGUAAUUCUCGCUGUUGGGAUUGUUGCUUGGAUUAACAUGGCUAAAUCCCUUGGCCCUCCACCUCCUGCUAGAUAAAAAGCUCCUACUUACAUUUUCCUCGCCCCCACAACAACAGAACCUUGUUCUAAGUUUGAAGAGAGUAACGUUUCUGGCUACUGUUUUUGUUUACCGAGCAGAUCGUGUACACAUCCAUCAAAUUUGUUUUUCUUACUUAAUUAUUUAGGAUGUUUGUUUCUUUCGUAUGCGUUCCUCGUAGGGGUAAGAGAAAGGUAUUUUGCCAUUAGUAUGAGCUUUGAGCUAUGCAGUUAUGUUCUGGUUUUGUGGCACGAACACAAGGUGUACACACAGUUUCCAUAUGAGUUUCUUAUUUACAGAAGAUAAUACUGUAACAA